AUGCAACAAACCUAUCGUAAAUUCCAAGGCUUACCAAACUCCAAAUCCUCAUUCUCAAAUCCAAAUAACCAACAAACCACAUAUAUAAUCAUAUAUCUGGUCUUGCUAGCUGCGGCGGCGACGACGUGGUAUAUUCUACCCAUCACCGUCACCACCACCACCUUACCACCACCCACAUCGGCGGCCACAACCACCCUCCGCCGGCGAUACUACUCCGCCACCUGCCCUUCCGCCGAGUCCAUCGUCGCCGAAGCCAUGAAGCAGUCCCUCCUCGCCGAACCACGAAGCGCCGCCUCCGUCCUGCGCUUACAGUUUCAUGAUUGUUUCGUCAAUGGGUGUGACGGUUCGCUGCUGCUCGACGACACUCCAACCAUGGCGGGCGAGAAGCUCGCCCUCGCCAACAUCAAUUCGCUCCGAUCAUUCGAAGUGAUCGACAAAAUCAAGGCGGAGCUCGAGCAGUCCUGCCCUGGAGUCGUCUCCUGUGCCGACAUCGUCAUCAUGGCGGCCCGCGAUGCCGUUUCCCUGACAGGAGGUCCCCGGUGGGAAGUGAAGCUAGGAAGGCUGGACGGCUUGACGGCGAGUCGAGCCGAUUCGGACGCGAUCAUGCCGAGCCCAAGAGCCAACGCCACGACGCUGAUCGACCUCUUUGCAAAAUUGAAACUUUCCGUCAAAGAUCUAGUCGCCCUAUCAGGAUCGCACUCGAUAGGCAGAGCUCGGUGCUUCUCGAUCACUCACAGACUGUACGACGACCAGACAGUGGCGAGGCAGCAGGACGCAGCAAUCGAGCCACAGUUCAGGGAGGAGCUGAUGCGGCUUUGUCCGGUCAAUGGAUACCAGAAUGUGACGGGCGGGCUGGAUUCGACGCCGGUGGUGUUCGACAACCUGUACUUCAAGGAUUUGGUUGUCGGGAAAGGGGUUUUGAAUUCGGACCAGACGUUGUACACUUCGCCGGAGACGAAGGCGUAUGUGGAGGAGUUCAGCAGAGAUGAGGAGGCGUUUUUCCAGGCUUUUGCGGAAGGGAUGAUCAAGCUGGGGGAUUUGCAGUCCGGUCAGCCGGGGGAGGUCAGGAGGAAUUGCCGAGUGGUCAAUGGCUCGCCGGCGGCAGCAAUGAAUAAUUACCAGAAUUGA